AAAAAAAAAGAGGAAAAGGAUUCUAUAAAUCAAUUGGAUGCUUCAUUAAAAACUUGUCUAAAUCCCAUUUUUCAAGUCUUGUGCACUAGGCUAGUAGUUAUGGCAGCAGGAAGAUGGAAUCUUGAAGGCUGCACUGCCCUUGUUACUGGUGGUUCUAGAGGAAUAGGGUAUGGGAUAGUAGAGGAACUAGCAAGUCUUAGUGCAUCAGUUUAUACAUGUUCACGUAAUCAAAAGGAGCUUAAUGAGUGUUUGAUUCAAUGGAGAAGUAAAGGUUUUAAAGUUGAAGCUUCUGUUUGUGAUUUAUCAUCAAGAUCUGAAAGAGAGGAGUUUAUCAAGACUGUUGCUAAUCAUUUUGAUGGAAAACUCAAUAUUUUGGUUAAUAAUGCUGGAAUUGUCAUAUACAAAGAAGCUAAAGAUUACACUAUGGAAGAUUACUCUCUAAUUAUGAGUAUCAACUUUGAGGCUGCUUACCACUUAUCUGUACUUGCACACCCCUUUUUGAAAGCAUCACAAAGGGGCAAUGUUGUCUUUAUUUCUUCUAUUUCUGGGGCUUCAGCAUUACCAUAUGAAGCUGUUUAUGGAGCAACCAAAGGAGCAAUGGAUCAACUCACAAGAUGCUUAGCGUUUGAAUGGGCAAAGGACAAUAUUCGUGUCAAUGGUGUUGCACCGGGGGUUAUUGCAUCUUCUAUGGUCGAAAUGACUAUUCAAGAUCCAGAACAAAAAGAAAAUUUGGACAAGUUGAUUGAUAGAUGUGCUCUACAUAGAAUGGGAGAGCCUAAAGAACUUGCAGCAGUUGUUGCAUUUCUCUGUUUUCCUGCUGCUUCAUAUGUCACUGGCCAAAUUAUAUAUGUUGAUGGUGGAUUUAUGGCUAAUGGUGGCUUUUAAUCAUCCUUUAAUUAAUUUGUCUAUGUUUU